GUAGAGGAAGAGCGCGCGGAAAGGAAAGAGAAGCAGACAGAUACGAUCGGCGCGAAGAUUUAGUCAACAACGCGCGACCACCUGUAGUUGUAGCUUCCAGCCAUCCCUGAGAGCUACCCUUCUCUCUCUCUCUCUCUCUCUCUCUUUCUCUUUUUCUCUCUCUGUCUCUCUGUGUCUCUCUCUCUCUCUCACUCCGCGUCGCGCACUCCGCAACUUUGUCCGUCCCAUCGUGAUAGCCACGAGAGUCUCAGUUCGCCAGUUCCGGGUUGCUAACUCUAGCUGACAUCCGGGUCAGAUAGAACUGCCGGACGGACCGCGGGGGAGUCACCGACGAUCUCGCGCCGCGACAAACGGCGGAAACGGAACGCGGGAGAACAGCUUCGGCUCCGUCCGAGAGCUGCGUGGAAGGCAACGACGCUGGCGGAGGCAGGUGACCCCGGACACCAUCCCGAUUUACAUCUCGUAGCAAGCUGCCAGGAUUACCACCAAAAUGAAGACAUCUUCGUUCUCUCUUCGCGUGAUGCGUCGGGCACGCAACAAACCAGCGGAUGGCGUGGGUCAUGUAAACCAAAAAGGUGCUUCCGGUCAGAAAGCGCCAACAGCUGGUCAGAAGGUUGCACCGGGUGCUAAGGUCGCAGCGAAACCGGCCCAGAAGCCGACAGCCCAGAAAGGUCAAGUGAAAGUAACACCCAAGGCGGCCUCCGUGAAGACCGGCAAAAACAAAAAGAAGGGACAACGUCAACAAUAUGAUCUCAUCGUUACUAUUAAUCUGUCCGAAUAUGGACUCACAGAAGAUCAGGUAGCAGAAUUCAAAGAGGCAUUCAUGCUCUUCGACAAGGACGAAGAUGGCACGAUUACGAUGGCGGAAUUAGGGGUUGUCAUGCGGUCUCUCGGUCAAAGACCAUCAGAGACAGAACUGCGCGACAUGGUGAAUGAAGUGGAUCAAGACGGAAACGGUACCAUCGAGUUUAAUGAAUUCCUGCAGAUGAUGUCGAAGAAGAUGAAAAGCGCCGACGGAGAAGACGAACUUCGCGAGGCGUUCCGAGUGUUCGAUAAGAACAACGAUGGCUUAAUAUCUUCGAAGGAGUUGCGACAUGUAAUGACGAAUCUUGGUGAAAAAUUAUCUGAAGAGGAAGUCGACGAUAUGAUCAAGGAGGCUGAUCUAGAUGGCGAUGGAAUGGUCAACUACGAAGAAUUCGUGUCGAUCCUAAUGUCGAAAAAUUAGUUCGGAGAUCAAAAGAAGGAUAUAGAUUCGAAGAUAACGAAGGAUCCUUGACGGAAGCAAAAAUGAAUGGAUCCGCCACUCAAGUUCCUCGACUUCGUAGGAUUACAGCGAGAAAUCGUUUCAUGUCCCAUGAAACUAUAAUCGCAACCGUCGAGGGAAAAAAAUCAAAAGCUCGACGACUGAUCGACCGCGGCAUGUACGACAUUGUGAGAUCGCGAAAGCGAAUUGCACCAACAUACCAAAUUUACUCUAUAGCUAAGGCUUCGUGAGAAAGACCGGCGUGUUGAAGAUUUCGCGCGUAAGUAGCGCAGGUAGACGAUUGAGGAGGCAUCGGAAGUCUUUGGCUUCGAGCGGGAUGCGCGAUUCUCGCCGCGAAUAGUAAAGGUUUCGGCUUUAUGGCCGGAAAACUGAGAGGAGAGACUUUCUUCCGCGAAUUUUGCACAUACGUACACGCAUUAUAUACACAGGUACACCUCGCGCUCCUUCGGACUAAUCUUAUAGACGAAUACUUGAAAUUUUUAGAUAUAACGGAAACGUAACGUAAUGUUAAAAUAAAGAGAAUAUGUCCAACCGACGGGGGAGGGAGGCG